CGCCUGCAUAGAUUUCAAUGCUGAUGCCACUAUUCUUGCUCCGUUCCACAUCGACACGAUAUCGCAAGCACAAUGCCUUCCAAGUCCACCUAUCCAGACAUCAACAUACCUGAUGUAGGCCUGUGGGACUUUUUGUUUGAACGCAAAGACCGCGACUUUCCGGAUGAUAAAGUGAUCUAUGUUGAUCCUGCCACUACUCGCUCAUACACCUAUGAUCAGACGAAGCAGACUGCGAUUGAUUUCGGCAAGGGACUGAAGGGCUUAUGGGACUUUCAGAAAGGCGAUGUGUUGGCCCUGUACACCCCGAAUUGCAUAGACACACCAGCAGUGACAUGGGGUGCGCACUGGGCUGGAUCGAUUGUGUCUCCGGCGAACCCAGGCUACACGGUCGAUGAGCUAGCAUAUCAGCUCAAGGACAGCGGAGCCCAAGGACUGAUCACACAACUUGCCCAGCUAGACCAGGCAAAAGCUGCGGCGAAGAAAGUCGGCAUACCCGAAGAUCGCAUUGCGCUGAUAGGUGAUGAGAAAGACCCAGCAGGCAGAGUGAAGCAUUUUUCCAGCAUUCGCAACAUUUCCGGCACUCAGAGAUAUCGACGGGCCAAGGUUGAUGCCGACAAGGACCUGGCAUUUCUGGUGUACUCGAGUGGAACCACAGGAUUGCCAAAGGGCGUAAUGCUUUCCCAUCGCAACAUCGUCGCCAAUACACUCCAAGUCACGGCUGGAGAACAGCCUCUGUCAUGGAAACCAGCCAAGGGGAGACCAGAAGGCGAUGCUAUCCUCGCCUUCCUCCCAUUCUUCCACAUUUACGGACUGACGUGUCUGAUACAUCAGUGCUUCUAUCGAGGCUUCAAGUGCGUUGUUCUGCCAAAGUUCGACAUCGAGGCUUGGUGUCGCAUUGUGCAAGACCACAAGAUCACAAUGUCUUACGUGGUUCCGCCUGUGGUUUUGUUACUCACAAAGCACCCGAUUGUCGACAAGUACAAUCUCUCCUCUCUGCGCAUGAUGAACAGUGGUGCAGCACCUCUCACCCGGGAGCUGGUAGACGCCACCUACAAGCGGAUCGGAGUUCCCAUCAAACAAGGAUACGGUCUUUCAGAAACUUCGCCCACAACCCACACGCAACCCUGGGAUAGUUGGCAGAGUGCUAUGGGCAGCGUAGGCACAUUGCUACCCAAUAUGACUGCCAAGUAUAUGUCUCCAGAGGAGAAAGAAGUGCCCCAAGGAGAGGUUGGAGAGCUGUGGUUAUCCGGUCCAAACAUCUUCAAGGGAUAUCUCAACAACGUCGAAGGAAGCAAGAAUGCCCUCACAGAAGACGGAUACUUCAAGACCGGAGACGUGGGCUAUCAGGACCAGAACGGAAACUUCUACAUCACAGACCGAGUCAAAGAGUUGAUUAAAUACAAAGGAUUCCAGGUGCCGCCUGCCGAACUCGAAGGCUAUCUGGUUGCACACGAGAAAAUCGACGAUGUCGCCGUGUUGGGUGUCUUCAAGGAGGAGCAGGCAACGGAGGUGCCAGUAGCAUACGUGGUGCUCAAGCAAGGCAUUGUUGCAAGCCCUGCUGUGGAAAAGGAGAUUGUGGAUUGGCUCAACGCGAAGGUGGCUAAUCACAAGAAGUUGCGGGGUGGUGUCAAGUUCACGAAUGAGAUUCCAAAGAGUGUGAGUGGGAAGAUUUUGAGGCGGAUGCUCAAGAUUAAGUAUCAGGAAGAGGAGGCGAAGGCAGCUGGGAGGGCGAAGCUGUGAUCUUGUCAACUGGGUCAAUGUGUUCGAAGAACUGCUUGUCUUUUUCUCCAAGUCCCGUGCACUGAUACUCCGAACCACAUGCCAUGGGCUCUGCUCGGGGAACACAGCGUUUGUAGACCUUCGGCACGAACUUUGCUACCACAUCUGCCUCGCUUCUCGACACAGGGUGCCAUCAUCAUCCAUGCCGUCGUAGCUCAAACAUGGAUAGUAUGCCGCACAAAUCCCAAC